AUGGUGGAGGGCAAGGUCAUCCUGGUGGUGGGCGGCACGUCCGGGAUCGGCGAGGCUACGGCCAUCCUCGCCGCCAAGGAGGGCGCCAAGGUGGCGGUCGCAGGCCGAAGAGAGGACAAGGGCCGGGAGGUGGUAGCCAAGAUCUACGAUGAAUUGAUCAAAGAUGGAAUCGUGCCUACGGCAGACGGAGAGGGCGAGGAGAAGAGGGCCAUCUUCAUCCGCUGCGACGCCACGAAGGAAGAAGACGUGCGAAAUCUCGUUGCCAGCUGCGUUGCUGCAUUCGGACGGAUCGAUGGCGCUUUCAACAACGCGGGCGUCAUGAGGCACACGAGGCCCCUGCUCGAGAUCGGUCUACACGAGUUUCAAGAUAUGAUGCAGGCCAAUGCCUUCUCCACCCUCUGCUGCAUGAACGAGGAGAUCAGGCAGAUGCGCAAGCAGGAGGAGGCGGCGAGCGUAGCGACGAAGUCGGCAAGCCCAGUGGCUCGAAGCGGCCGCUACUCGAUCGUCAACUGCUCGUCGAUUAAUGCGGAGAGGCCCUUCGCCACAACAGGCCUGUACGGCAGCACGAAGGUGGCGAUCGACUUCUUGACCAAAACAGCAGCCAUCGAGCAAGCGGAUGUGCCGAUUCGAAUCAAUUCGGUGCAGCCAGGGCCGGUCGUUACCGACAUCUUCGCCGACCUCUCAUCGAUCGAUCCCACCGGCACCAUCACCAGCCGAGUCGCCAUUGCCGAGUUCGGGAAGAGGAACACACUCUUCGGACGAGCGGGCGAACCACACGAAGUGGCCGGACCGGUGGUGUUCCUGCUGAGCGAUGCAGCAUCGUUCAUCACAGGCGUGAACCUGCUCGUGGACGGUGGAGUUGCCGUUCGCACCAUAGGCGCCGGAUCCAAUCCCUGA